UCGAUCCUAUAUUCUUAAAUUGACCGGCCAUGACAGGGAUUCCGCCAUUCCGGUUCAGGAGAUGUUUAUGCUAAAUGUUGGAUCGAGCGGAGCAUUUUCUCCAGCACCAAAUAUUGUCAAUCUCCAUCAUCUUUUCGACCUCUUCCUCCAUCGGAGAGGUGAAAUGGGUCAGGAUGGAUUGGGAACAUCCGGAAGUGGCGGUGGACUUCCGACAACAACGGCUGUAUCGGGUGGCGGAGGGAGAGGCCGUGGUUUGUUCAGCGGUUGGCAGGUCAAUACCUUAACCAACAUCAAGAUCAUGAUUCUCUGCGGCUUUGUGACCAUCCUCGUCCUACUUGCCACAAUUAGUAUUGGUAACCUUGGAAGCUCCAACGCCGACUCUGUCAAUCAGAGUCUCAUCAAAGAAACAGAGCCGAUUCUUGCAGAGAGCCCAUCUGAUUCGAAUCCAACCGACUUGUAUGAACCGCCAAAAGCUGAGAUUCAUCCUAAUGUGACGUACACCCUAGGCCCCAGGGUCACGAACUGGGACAGUCAACGCAAGGUAUGGCUGAAACAGAACCCUGAGUUUCCUAGUACUGUCAAUGGCAAAGCUCGAAUCUUGCUUCUUACCGGGUCUCCCCCGGGACCCUGCGAUAAACCGGUCGGAGACUAUUAUCUGUUGAAAUCAGUGAAGAACAAGAUUGACUACUGUAGGCUCCACGGGAUGGAGAUUGUGUAUAACAUGGCGAAUCUGGACGAGGAGCUCUCAGGGUACUGGACGAAACUGCCUAUGAUCAGGAGGUUGAUGCUGUCUCAUCCGGAAGUAGAAUGGGUUUGGUGGAUGGACAGUGAUGCUUUGUUCACUGAUGUACUCUUUGAGAUCCCCUUGUCUCGGUACGAGAAGCAUAACCUUGUGAUACACGGCUAUCCGGACUUGCUGUUCGACCAAAAGUCAUGGGUUGCGUUGAACACGGGCGUGUUCCUGUUGAGGAAUUGUCAGUGGUCACUUGAUCUGCUAGAUGCUUGGGCUCCGAUGGGUCCCAAAGGGCUUAUCCGCGACGAAGCUGGGAAAGUACUGACGGCUUAUCUGAAAGGUCGGCCGGAGUUUGAGGCAGAUGAUCAGUCUGCGUUGAUAUAUCUCCUGCUUACACAGAAGGAUAGAUGGAUGGAGAAGGCUUACGUUGAGAACCAGUACUACUUGCACGGGUUUUGGGAAGGUUUGGUUGAUAGGUAUGAAGAGAUGAUGGAGAAGAACCAUCCGGGGUUGGGCGAUGAGAGGUGGCCUUUCGUGACACACUUUGUUGGGUGCAAACCGUGUGGGAGCUACGCGGAUUACGCAGAGGAGAGGUGCUUCAAGAGCAUGGAGAGGGCUUUUAACUUUGCAGAUAACCAAGUGCUCAAGCUGUAUGGGUUUAGCCACAGGGGACUGUUGAGCACCAAGGUUAAGAGGAUCAGAAACGAGACGACAAGUUCGAUAUACGUAGAAGAACAACAACAACACACGUGGAAACCAAACCAUAGAGCUAGGAAAACCCAAGGAGUGAGUUUCAUUGAGACUUCAGGAAAUGUAACUCCGUCGUCGUCGUCAUUGUCCUCCGUCCUCAGAGCCUACGCGGCUCCUAUUUUGAUUUUCGUCCUCGCUAUGUUCUUCCAGCUUUUCCUUCUUCCUCGCUCCUUUCCUCCUUCUCACUACGACGUUUUGGGUCUGAAGAUGUCCAGUCCAGUGGAUGACGUGAGAGAUGCGUACGAGAGUAUUGCUUCUAAGUGGGAUUCUGAUUCAGGAGAUGCUCGUCCAGCUGAUUUUGUAAAGAUACAAUACGCCUAUGAGCUGUUAACAAAUCUAGUAUGGAAACGGGACUAUGACCUUUACGGCAUUGAUGAAUCAGUACAUAUUAUAGAGGAGCUUGAAAAACAAUACGCUGUGGAAGAUUUUGCAAAAAUAAAACUUCCCCUGCUGGAAGUUGUUUCUUGUGAGCCUGAACGUGAAGGUUUUAUGGCAAUUACGUCUCAAGACUUUGCGCUCAAGCUCCAAGACUCCAAGCCAUGGCUCAUUCAGGUGUAUUCUUCUGGUAGCAACAGCUCUGCUCAGUUCUCCUCGACUUGGAGAAGGAUUGUUGAUUUGUUGGAUGGGGUUGCUAACAAUGCGAUGUUAGAGCUUGGCGACGUUCGACUUGUGACCUACCUUGCUGAGAAAAAACCAACAGGACAAGUAUUUUUUAGAGAAGGCCUUCCUUCAAUUGUCGCUUUCCCUCCACAUUGCAAAACUGCAGAUUGUCUUAUCAGGUUUGAAGGAGAGUUGUCAACAGACGCAGUUACUGAUUGGUUUGCAACCAAUGUGCUGGAGUUGCCUCGAGUAUUCUAUCAUACAAAAGAAACACUGGUACCCAAAUUUCUCUCCAAAGUUCCACCUAAUAAGGUGAAAAUCAUUUUAUUCUCACAAACAGGGGAACGAGCCACUCCUUCUGUACGCCAAGCUGCAAAAGAUUAUUGGAAUUUUGCCUCUUUAUCUUAUGUGCUUUGGAGAGAAGAGGAUGCAUCCUUUUGGUGGAAUGCGUUUGAGGUGGAAUCUGCACCUGCCAUGGUGAUUAUGAAGGAUCCUGGUUUAAAACCUGUUAUUCAUCAUGGAUCUGGCAAUAGUACAUGGUUCCUGGAGACAUUGGAGCAGAACAAGCAGUUAGAGCUUCCUCAACUAAGAAGCACAACGUCAAUGGAACUCGGUUGUGAUGCACGAGGAUAUUCUCGAGCUGGUUUCGAUAGAGCGACGUGGUACUGUGCCGUCCUUGUUGGAAGACAGAGCGUGGAACUCAAUAAGAUGAGGGAAACCAUGUGCAGGGUACAACAUACUUUGUCAAAUUAUGAUGAAUCAGAUGAGGCUUCCAAGGAUGCAUCAGUAGCUCCAGCAGCUUCUGCACACAGAACUAAGCGACUUUCAUUUGCGUGGCUCGAUGGAGAAGUCCAGAGUAAAUACUGUUUCUUCUAUGUUCAAUCGGAAACCAGCUAUGACACGUGUGGAACUAGGAGAGCACCAGUUGAUGUCCCUAGGAUAUUGAUCAUUCGGUACCAUAGAAAUGCUACAGAAAGUGCUAAUGCAGAGAAGAAAUCAAGUAACUGGCCCAAAACUGUAUGGCAAUCCGAAGCUGACGAUGUAGAUCCCGCUGCACAACUUGUUGUUAGCUAUGACGGACCAGCUGAAACUCCCGAGAUCAUUAAGUGGCUAUCCAAUAUGGUUGAAGACGGUGACAACAAAAACUUGCCUUUUUAUAGAGCAAAAACUCCAGAACUGGUUCCAGAAAGCGCUGAACCGAUGAGAUCAGGAGUCCCGAAAAGUGUAAAAGCAACACAGAAAGUGUUGAGCAUGUGGAACAGAAUCAAAGACUACCUAACAGAUCCAAGAAUGGGACCUACGUUGCUUCUAGGAGCUUUGUUAUCUGCAGGCAAUGUUUGGUGGAUGAGAAGUCGUUCUACACAACAAACUGUUCAGACAGAUCAGCCAUCAUCAAAUCAAUCAGACAAUAACGAAGAGGAGAAGAAGAAAGAGAGAAAGAGAGAACAGCGAAGGAAGAAUGCAGAAGGUGAAGAGGUUCCUACUUCGAUCACUGAUAACGAACCUAAAGAUGCUGUCCAAAUUCUAUCUUCAGGUUCUGAUUCUGAC